UAGCGACUGAGACAGACUACGGAAAGAGAAAAAGCGGGUCAAACACUGCGAUGUGACAAACACCGGGGAGCCAGAAAUGACCGCCACCGCGGAGGUGAAGAAGCAGACAGGAGGAGUUCCGAUGAGGGUCCUGGUCAGGUCUUGACGGCUGCUCCCGCUGACCUGAGACACCCAGCACCGUCGCAGCGCCGCACGGUUUACACACACCGAAAACCCCUACAUAGCCCAAAUAGUCCACAUCCCGUCGGCGAACCUUGAAAGCGAUAAUGGCGAGCCAGGGUGACUGCUGUGUGAAGGUUGCACUGAGGAUUCGUCCUCAGAUGGCCAAGGAGAAGAUAGAGGGCUGCCACGUGUGCACGAUGGUCACACCUGGAGAACCACAAGUCCUGCUGGGAAAGGACAAGGCCUUCACCUAUGACUUUGUGUUUGACAUAGACUCAGAGCAGCAGCACAUCUACCAGGCCUGUGUGUACAAGCUCAUCGAGGGCUGCUUCGAGGGCUACAACGCCACCGUGUUCGCCUAUGGUCAGACGGGUUCGGGGAAGACCUACACGAUGGGGACGGGCUUCGACGUGAGUCUGAGCCAGCAGGAGCAGGGCAUCAUACCGCGGGCUGUUCACCAGCUGUUUGAAGGAAUCCAGAACAGGAGGGUGCGCGCCCAGGAGGCCGGCACCCAGCCACCCGAUUUUAAAGUCAGCGCCCAGUUCCUAGAGUUGUACAAUGAAGAGAUCUUGGACUUAUUUGACGGAGCCAGAGAUCCAGAAAGUCGGAGCAGGAAGUCAAACAUUAAGAUCCACGAGGACGCCAGUGGCAGCAUCUACACCACUGGAGUCACAUCCAGACUGGUCCACUCAGAGGAAGAGCUGCUGCAGUGCCUGAAGCUCGGCGCUCUGUCCCGCACCACAGCCAGCACCCAGAUGAAUGCCCAAAGCUCCCGGUCACACGCCAUCUUUACCAUCCACGUCUGUCAGAUGAGAGUCUGCCCGCAGCUGCAAAUGCAGAACGGAGGAGGGGAGAACGGGGAGGUGAAUGGUGUGGAUGCCAGCCCAAUUGCCCAGCCGGAGUAUGAGACGCUGAUGGCCAAGUUUCACUUUGUGGACCUGGCCGGCUCUGAGAGGCUCAAACGAACCGGAGCCACAGGAGAUAGAGCUCGGGAGGGAAUCUCUAUUAACUGUGGACUGUUGGCCCUGGGAAAUGUGAUCAGUGCUUUAGGAGAUCAGACCAAGAAGGGAGGACACGUCCCCUACAGAGACUCCAAACUCACUCGUCUGCUGCAGGAUUCACUGGGAGGCAACAGUCGCACAGUGAUGAUAGCCUGCGUCAGUCCAUCAGAUCGCGACUUCAUGGAGACGCUGAACACGCUGAAGUACGCCAAUCGUGCCCGAAACAUCAAGAACAAGGUGGUGGUGAACCAAGACAAGACCAGCCAGCAGAUAAGCGCCCUGCGUGCUGAGAUAGCCCGACUUCAGAUGGAGCUGAUGGAGUACAAGGCGGGGAAGCGUGUAGCAUGUGAAGAUGGUUCGGAGGGGUUCAGUGACCUGUAUCAGGAGAACGCCAUGCUGCAGAGAGAAAAUGACACACUGCGCCUCAGGGUAAAAGCCAUGCAGGAGACCAUUGACCACCUCAACACCCGCGUGACACAUCUGCUGGCCAAUGAGGUCAGCACUCUGCUAACCAAAUCAAGUGAGGGUAAUGAGGAGAUCGGGGCUCUAAUCCAGAACUACAUCCGAGAGAUUGAAGAACUUAGAACCAAACUUCUUGAGAGCGAGGCCAUGAACGAGUCGUUACGACGGCAGGCGGCCCGGCUCUCCUCCCGCUCACCCUUCCCCUCCUCCACUCUCAGUCCCGUCCCAGGCCACCCCCCUGGUUCCUCCCCUGCCCCCAUGUCCAUGGAGGCUGAGAUGACGGAUGUGUUACGCCGGGCCAAACUGGAUAUUGAGCGCCUGAAGAAGAAGGAGAGGAGGCAGAGGAGGAUGAGUCCAGAGCUGGAGAAAGGUCUGAAGAAGCGAGUGAAGCUGCACACGCAUGAGAACGGGGAGAAUGGGCAGAAUGGGGAACAUGGACAAAACGGACAGAAUGGAGAGAUUGAUUCAGACGACAAUUGCACUGAGGAUAUCAUGUCUCCGCUGCAGGAGGAGAGCGGUUGUGAUGAAGAUGAGGGGGAGGACGAGGAGGAGGGCAGGGAGGAGGAGGACGAGUUUGACAGUGACGAGAGCCUGGUGGAUUCAGACUCAGACUCAGAUGAGAAAGCUAACUUCCAGGCUGACCUGGCUGACCUGACCUGCGAGAUCGAGAUCAAACAGAAGCUGAUAGAUGAGCUUGAGAACAGCCAGCGGAGGCUUCUUAUGCUGAAGCUGCAGUAUGAGGAGAAGCUCAUCCUGCUGCAGAACAAGAUCAGAGACACUCAGCUGGAGAGAGACCGCGUGCUGCAGAACCUCAUGUCCAUGGAGAAUUACACAGAGGAGAAGGCAAACCGGAUCAAGCAGGAGUACGAGAAACGUCUCAAGGAGAUGAACCGUGACCUGCUGAAGCUACAAGCGGCACAGAAGGAGCAUGCGCGUCUCCUCAAAAACCAAGGGAGGUAUGAACGGGAGCUGAAGAAACUCCAGGCUGAGGUCAACGAGAUGAAGAAAGCCAAGGUGGCCCUAAUGAAGCAGAUGAAGGAAGAGCAGCAGAGGAGGAGGAUGGUGGAGGCAAAGAGGAACCGUGAGAUCGCACAGCUUAAGAAGGAGCAGCGACGUCAGGAGUACCAGAUUCGAGCACUGGAGUCUCAGAAGCGGCAGCAGGAGCUGGUGCUGCGCAGGAAGACCCAGGAGGUGACGGCCCUGCGGCGCCUAGCUAAACCCAUGUCAGACCGCGUGGCUGGACGUGUGGCCCGCUGGAACCAGACUCCUCUGGUUAUGGACUCUGGAGCCGAAUUAUCAGCCAGCACCACAGCGAGCAGCUCUGAACCCGAGGCCGGGAGGACCGUGAGCGGGCUGGUGAGACAGUGGAACAACAAGAACAGUGCGUUCGGAUACCUGGGAGAGAGCGAGGGGAUCAUGGAUGGAACCAGGGUCAUUGGCAGCAGGAAGAAGUUGCAGCGUAAGCCAGCAGGCCUGAGCAGCAUUGGAGCAGCGAGCAGAGCCAGCAGCUUCUCCAAGUCAGCCCGUCAGAAGUGGCAAGCCCUCGAGCGUCGCAUUAUGGACAUUGUCAUGCAGAGAAUGACCAUUGCUAACGUGGAAGCUGAUAUGGAUCGUCUUAUCAAGAAGCGAGAGGAGCUGACGGUCCAGCAGGAAGCACUCUCACAUAAAAGGGAGGUACUGAUGGCUGAUGGGGAGGGACCAGAAGCAGAGGACCGCCUCCUUCAGGAAAUUAAUGAGGAGAUUGAGGUGCUGAACGCCAAUAUAGACUACAUCAAUGACAGCCUGUCUGACUGCCAGGCCACCAUUGUACAGAUAGAGGAGACCAAGGAUGAGCUGGACUCAGUGGACACCUCUGUGGUCAUCAGCUCCUGCUCCCUGGCUGAAGCACGCCACCUGCUGGACCACUUCCUGAAGGCCUCUAUAGACAAGAGCUUACAGGUGGCUCAGAAGGAGGCUCAGAUCAGACUGCUGGAGGGCCAGCUGAGACAGACAGAUGUGAUUGGCUCAUCCCACAACCACAUGAUCCUUGAUGCUCUGCGAGAAAAGGCUGAGUACAUCCCUGAACUCCAGGCUCUCAUCCACAAUGUACAGCAGGAAAAUGGUUAUGCCAGCACAGACGAGGAACCCUCUGAGUUCAGCCAAGCUUCUGACAGCAGUGUAUCUCAAAUGAAAGAAUCCAACAGCCAAGAUGAUUUCAAGAUAAAGAUGGAGCCUCGCCUGUCGGCUCAGAUGAAGGCGGUGUCAGCAGAGUAUUUGGGUCCCAUCCUGGAUCCCUCAUCAGGCAGCAAACAGCCGCACAUCACCAAAUCUCUGGCCUCGCUGACCGACAUCCAGGAGGAUGGCUUGAGUCUGGUGACAGGGAGCCUGGGGCUCAGCCUGGCCCUACGAGACCCUUACCACAGGGACCGGGCAUCCCGCACCAUCAGCCUGCCUGUCAGAGGACACACCUUUCCCAGGCAGUCCCGGGGUUAUGACACUUCCCCUAUAACGAGGAGGAAAUCUUACGACCGUGCGUACAGGCCCACUGAUGGCUACACCCCCCCCUCCUCCCCUCCUCUGAGGACUAGAAAUGACCGCAAUGUCUUCUCAAGGCUCACCAGCAACCAAACCCAAGGCUCUGCUCUGGACAAGGGUGUGAUCAAUCCCAUUGGGGGUGUGAAGGGGGGUCGGACUGCGCCCCUGCAGUGUGUCUCUGUAGCUGAGGGCCAUUCGAAGCCGGUCCUGUGUGUGGAUGCUACGGAUGAGCUGCUAUUCACUGGAUCUAAAGAUCGCACCUGUAAGAUGUGGAACCUGGUAACAGGUCAAGAGAUCGCCACCCUGAAAGGCCACCCCAACAAUGUGGUGUCAGUCAAAUAUUGUCCUUCCUCCGGUUUGGUCUUCUCUGUCUCCACCUCCUACAUCAAAGUGUGGGACAUUCGUGACUCUGCCAAGUGUGUCCGCACGCUCACUUCAUCGGGGCAGGUGGUUUCAGGCGACGCAUGUGCCGGCACCACCACCCGCACAAUAACCUUUGCACAGGGUGAGUGCCAGAUCAACCAGAUAGCCCUCAACCCGUCAGGAUCUGUGCUAUACGCCGCUGCUGGAAACACUGUUCGCAUGUGGGACCUCAACAGGAUGCAAGCAAUGGGAAAGCUGACAGGCCAUAUUGGCUCUGUCAUGUGUCUGACAGUGGGACAGUCUCUGCUGGGCAAAGACCAAGUAAUCACUGGUUCCAAAGACCAUUAUGUCAAGGUGUUUGACGUGGCAGAGGGAACUCUGGGUAACGUAGGCCCAGCUCAUAACUUUGAGCCUCCGCAUUAUGAUGGCAUCGAGUGUUUGGCUGUACAGGGAGAUGUGCUGUUCAGCGGGUCGAGGGAUAACGGCAUCAAGAAAUGGGAUCUGGAGCAGCAGGAGCUCACUCAGCAAAUCCCUAAUGCUCACAAGGACUGGGUGUGCGCUCUGGCCUAUGUCCCGGGCCGACCCAUGCUGCUGAGUGCCUGUCGGGGCGGCAUGCUGAAGGUGUGGAACGUAGACAACUUCACCCCCAUAGGAGAGGUGAGGGGUCAUGACAGCCCCAUUAACGCCAUAUGCACCAACUCAAGACAGAUCUUCACUGCAUCCAGUGACAAGACAGUGAAGAUCUGGCUGUCAAAGGUGUGGAGGAAGAGGUGACACCUGAAAUGACUGUGGCUCUUUUCUCAGCCAUCUUCACCCACUGAUCUGUGACCUGCUCACUUCUAGUAACGAGAUGGAACAGUGAAAUUCCAGUUUCCAAGGCAAUCAAGGUGUUUUUUUUUCCUUGGUCACAGUGCAAAAUGAUAAAGCCAAGGUGGAAUCUAUUUAUUCAAAAGCAAAAGAUUAUUUGCCUCUCAGAUUUUUUUUUUUUUUACUGCCAAUUUGAAAGUGCCAUUCAGGUGAGAUGCUACUUGGACAAGAUAAACCACAUCUUACUGGCCAUGGAUAGACCAGGCAGAACAACAUUUCUCCGGACAUGAAAACUACCACAGUCUGGUAUGAAAAGGAAAAGUGUCCUUUGGUUCUUUCACCAAGGUUUGAGAAACCUUGUGGAACAGUGAGAGAUGAAUUUGCUCAGACGUGUGUAUUCACGUAUCUAUUGUCUGAAAGUAAAGUCACAGUCUGAAUUUAAAUCCCAGAGCGACGUUACCUAACAAAUGGAACUUCUGUUCUUCAUUCAAGACUGUCUGUGCUCAUUAGUGUUGUGGUUGUUCUGAUACUGAACACACUGGACGGUCAAACUAUGUGUUCAUCAAAGUGGAUGAUCAAUAGACUAUUGCUGAUCUUGGGUCAGACAUCACUGGAAAAUGACACAAAACACCUUCAUUUUAUACAGUAUAUGACUGAAACCGAACUGCAUUCAACAAGUUGUGUUUAAAUUUUUUUUUUAAGGAUUUUUAUUAAUUUAUUAUUUUCCCUACCUCAGUUGCUUUGGACUUUGGCGUGAGGUGGGAGGGAACAUUUUUACGGGUCUCCGUGCACAAACACCUGGUGCUUGACAUUUUGAAGUCUUUAUUUAAUGCCUAGCACUUCAUCUCUGUGUGGAUGUCUCCUCUGUGGCCCUCUGGCUAUCAGACUGUCUAGCUGCUGACCUUGCAAACAGCAAAACCUACGUCCAGUAGCACAUCUAAAGGUAGCACUGGCCCCCGGAGGAUCUGACCGGAUUGUAUUAUCUGCCCUGUAAAGUGCUAACUCUGGUGAAAAUAAGAAACACCUCUGCAGGCGCACAUGACACAAACAGUACAUGUUUAUAGUACACAUUCCUCAAACAUUUGUGAGUUAGGUACUCCAUUGAGGCCAAAGUGCCAGAUUGUUAUCUCAAACAUCCUACAGUGUGUGGUCCGUACCUGCCAUUUAUCCUCCACGCAAAUGGUAAUAGGUGCCCUACCAGUUUCCCCCUGCUCGCUUUCAGCUCCACUCUGGUCUUUAAGGUUAGCGACAGUGUCAAACUGACCGGCCUUACUGGAGAGUCCACUUCCUUCCCAGCUACUGAACUUCUUUGAGAAGCCAAUUUAAUUAGAGGUCUCAAAGCUCUGCCAGCUGCUUUUCAGGCAAGAUUACUUGGGUGAAAGUAGGUCAUAACUGAGAGGGAUUUCUUAUUAAAAUCCCAAUUUUCUUCCACCCACUAUUUGCUGCUACAUUUAAAGACAGGAAGAAACUUCCUGUACCCAUGCACUGAUGUACAAAUCUGUUUAUGUGACAGAUUAUGUGUGUGGGCAACAUGUACAUAUGCACAAACUCACACAAACACAAGAUUUCAGUGGAUGUUUCGGUUAUCCAUCUUGCCUGAUAGGUCUUGGCAUCCUUCACUAUGUUGAUUUAGUGUCUUUUUAAUAAAACAAAUUCAGCACUGUAGCACUCCACUGACACACACAUACACACAUACAUACACUCACCUACAGGCAACAGAACUAACCCAGGUCUUAAAAGUCAGUUCAGUUAUCUUUUUGUUGUCUGACUCUUCUCAGUAUGAAUAACAAGCAUUCACAUCACUUUCAGUUUAUGAACCUGGGCUUUUUCUGUAUCACUCCAAAAGCGUCUUGUCAUACAGAUGUCUUGCCACUGCAUAAAAACCCAACUCUUGUCUGUUAGUAUCACAAUAUCACACUUCAGUUUUGUUCAGCUCUGAAAUCUCACUCCCUCUGUAGAAAAAAAGGAAUCCUUUGAUGAUUCAGUGCACUUUUCCUUAUAAAAAAAAUCCAGAAACAUAUGUAGUUCAAUUUAACAAAACAGCAGUCAUACAGUAGGUGCUGAAGUUAGUUAAUACUUUCAAUAUACUUUCUGCAAAUUCUCCUCCAAUAAAUGAGUAUGCACUGCUGAUGUUCGAUGUAACCAACACGAGUUUGAAGCUGCUUAUGCUCUCCAAAAGCAAUGAUGUGGGUUUAGGUUUUAUAUUUUGGGGGAGGGGGGGUAUGAAUGCAGAUGUGUGGAUGGGAUUGAUUGGUUGAAGCGUUCUUGGUUUUGAUAUUUUGCUAUGCUUAGAAACUCAGGUAAAGGUUGGAGGAUAAUUUUAGUCAUUACUUGACCCUGUGAAAUUAGGUAGCUCUUUAAAUUGACCAAAUGCCUUGUUUGAGCCAUUUUUUUUUUUUACUUUGAGAAAAAAUGGUACUAUGAGUGUAUCACCCCUUUUCCAUGUUUUGCUUUUGCAGUUGAUUCCCUUUGCUUAUUACAUAUGUACUGUGCUUUUCUGUACAAAAUGUACACAUCUUAAAUUACUAUCUUCCCAAUCUGGCCAAAGCUGAAAGACUUGCAACUCUGAGAAGAUGUGCACUGAUUUUUGACCAUAAUUACUUUAAAAUAUGUAUAAAGUAUGCUGUUUGUAUAGUAGUUUGCCUGGAGUGAGUGGGACAAAAUUUGGUCAGUAGGGAAAUUAACCUGCUAAACAUAAUGGGUUGUAUACUUUGACCUCAACUCAGACCCCACUGGGCCCUUCUCUGUACACUUUGUAUUUAUCUGUGCCAAUUAGUCAAACUGACCCUGCUCACCAGCUUGGUGGUGUGUUUCAUGUGAUAACAAGUCUAAGCCAGCUUUUAACUCUGUUUUUUUUUUCACUCAUCCAGACUCCUACUUAUUGCUAGAGAAGAUCUUGUAGUACUGUUGCUUUAGGCACUUUAUGUGCCCCGUGCUUGUACAUCUGCUGAAGGAUGCAUGAUGUUAGUGGUGCUCAUCGGUUGAUUGGACAUCUCAAAACAUUCCUCCUUGUAUCGUCAUUCUUAAUGUUUCACAUCUGAGUGGAUUUACUAUCAAACUCUCAGAAGGAUCUGGCUGUUUGCUGGUAAUGUGUGACUUUAUUUCACAAAAGAUGCUUCGCUCAAAGAUUUAUUAUAGCCAAACAGAAGCCCUAUUAUUAUCUGGCCUUGGAUCAGCUCCACCCAAAGCUGGCCCAAGCUCUGAGGUUUGGACUUCAGCCGAUGUCAGCACCACUUAAUAACUUGAUUAAGUGUAAAUAGGUGUGUCAUAACUUUUUUUUUUUUUUUUUAAUAUUACAGAGCAGAUGCAGUCAAGGUUAACUGACAUCUUUCUCAUCAGCUGGCCUCAGUGUAAUCUCUGCAAGUUAGGAUUUACAUGCACUUUGGAUGAUGAAUAUUGCUGUGAAUACUCUACAAGCUGUUUUCCAGAUAUGUAUUAAGCCUAGUUUUAGACUUAGUUUACAAAGACUGAAUUUAUGAGUCCCAAAUGAGGCUUAAAAACCACUGAAAUUGUACCGAAAAGAUCACAUCUGUUUAGAUCUACAGUAGGUUUAGAAAUCAGUGAUAUUAAUGUUUUUGCUGAUACAAUAUGUAAGAUAACAGACAAGACGUAGACAGUCCUCAGUGUGUCCCUGCCUUUAAAGUCCCCUUUUUCUUUUUAUAGUAAAUGUUACAUGACAAUGAGAAUUUUUACUUUGACCAAGCAGCAUGCAAAUCUUUGUGGAUGCUCAGGAGACUCCAACACUAUCCUUAUUUCCUUGGCUGUCUGCAGGCGUUCAGGCAAUUUACUUGAUGCUACUGACCCCAAACAGACCAUAUUACUCUAUGAGCGAUAUCAUCUGAAACACAGGACGACAAGAUUUAACCUAAUCUAUUUCUCUGUAUCAGUCAACCAGGAAAAAAAUCAUGCCCGAUUAAAUAUCCUUUCAGAAAGGGAUUUAGCAUGUUGUGAGUAUGGUUUGAUCAACACCCCUCUCUGAUCCCAAAUGGGUAUACCAACUGGUGGCACUUUUCUGUAUCCGAGGAGGGGGAAAAAAUUGGUUGUAGGGUCCUGUAGCUCCUGUUAGCAUCUGGUUUAAAUUGGAAAGCUGUUUGACCAAAGCUAGAAAACACUUGAACAGCUAAAUGCCUGCGCACUCUUACAAGCCACUACAAUUUUUAUAAUUUAAAAUGUUUAACUUUUCGUGCCCCAAAUUGGUAGUAUUUUUUUUUUUUAAAAGAUCCCGUGGGAAAUAGUGCAUGAAGCCACACCCAUGGAUCUAACUGGGGGGACACAAAACGAAGUGACCAUUCACUAAACCCUGCCACCCUGAGUCAUCCCUGUUUCUGUCAUUUUUUUCUGUUCUCACAUGGCACAUGCAGUUUACAAUGAUAGUGGUGACAGAUUUACCUUAAAAUUUACUGUAAUCUUUUAAUUCUUCUCACAGAAGUAAACAAAAACAGGCUUCUGAAAUAUAGAAAAACAGGCUUGGAUGAGUAACCCAGUGGUUCAGCGGACAGAGCUGACAUCUUUAAACCUUGAUAAUAGUAGCACCUUAUCAAGGUUUAGGGUAUUCACACAGUGAAUGUUCAGGUACAGGUGUUUUUCCAACAUGACCUGUAAUGCCAAAUAAUAAUAAAGUCGCUUAACAACA